UCGGCAAAUUAGCUUAAAAAUUCACAGUUUUCGAACACAAAAUAAAUUUGUAAUUAUCGCAAACUCCAAAUUCUUAAAAAAGUCCCGCCUAAAAUAAUAAAAGUACGAAAAUGCAUAAAUAUUGCCACGACGCGCAUUGCCCGUGCAACAGCUGUUGCGGCGCCACAACAAUGCUGCAACGCAACUGCUCGAGCUGUAUUUGGCCACGCCAAAGCAACCAUGAUGAAUGGAAAUGUUACAGUCGCUGCCUAACGGAUCAUUACAAGCAAAAUUUAAAGCAACAUUUUGACACGGUGCUGUGGCGACGGGCGAAACGGGCGCGUCAGCCGCCUGCCUCAAUGAUGAACUUGAGCUUCGCCAACCCAUUGCAGGAGGAAAAAACUCAGCAUUACGCAACAACAGCAGCAAGCCAGCAACAAAGAAAAACAGGCAAGAAAAAGCAACAAAAAAUCAAGCGGCCGGCGGAAAUCAUAAUCGAACAGCCCAACGAGUGUCGGGGCGGCCUUCUGCGCAAGCUCGCCCAAACGCCAAACUGCGAUUGUCAGCGCAUGCGUACGCUGCUCUUGCAACAAGCAUUACUUAACGAAUGCAAUUGCGAUCCGUACGACCUGUUGCCGGAUGUGCCACUCACUUUCUACCCAAAGUGGCCAGGCAGCGGCUAUUUUGAUGAUAAUACCUGUACGUGUCUUAAUGAUGAUGAUACCGCAAAUUUUCUCAGAUAUAUCAGCAGUGACGGCCAAUAUGGUCUGAAUGUCAAACAGCUGUUUAGUAAAGAAUUCCUCGCCGGCUUAAAUACACUAUAUGCUAAUGUGGGCGGUGGCAAGGACGCUGCGUUCGGCUUCAAUGAUAACAUAUGUGAAGCAGCUAGGCAGUAUGAAUUUGAGGGAUUCUUCGGUCGUUUGCCUGCGCCACUCCUCAGUGUCGCACCCCAUACUCGGCGCAGGCACAGUAAAGUUAUUCAGCCACACGAUUUGAAAUUAUUUAUGGAUAGAGGUACUCUCUUGAACCUCUUAACCUCCAAUCACAGAAUGACGGGAUUCCAUUCAUUAAGAGAAACUUUUUCUGCUGAGUCAUCCAGUCAAUCAUUUAGAUAUCCAACAGAAUUUCGAUCGGUAAAGAAGCGUCAUUUCAAAACUUCACCGAGACAGAUUCUCAGAUAUUUGGGUCGACGAAAGACUAGUAAGAAUAUUAGUUGAACUCAGAUGAGAACAUGCAUAAUAUGUACAUACAUAAUCGAUACAUACUAUGUAUGUUAGUAUACAUUUAAGUUGCCAUUUGGAGGACCCUUCUUGAGAUCAUUAAAUACCUCUCUGUUUCCAACCUUAGUAUUAUAUACUUAAUGAUAAGCUUACAUAUGUAUAGGUGUAUUAUGUAGAGAUUUGUACUUCUAUUAUUUUAUGCGCUGGAUAAA